AACAUUUCGACGUUUGCAAGCACUAGAAAAGUUGCAGACAGUAAAUAAUAUUAGAGAAAUAAAUAGUCAAGCAGGCAGCAGCAGCAGAUAAUUGUCAAAUAAAAACAUAAUAUGUCGUCCGUCGAACUGGAAAGUCAGCAGAAAUGCACGGAUAAUCUGCAGGAACAAGCGGCCAAUGCCGAGAAUAGCGCCAGUAAACGUGAUUCAGCGCCGGAAGCAGGAGACCAAGGUUUUGCCGCGGCCGAGCAGUACAAAAAUAAGGGAAAUGAUUUGCUCAAAACCAAGGAAUUUACGAAAGCCAUCGAAAUGUAUUCGAAAGCCAUAGAACUGUAUCCAACCAGUGCAAUUUACUAUGCAAAUCGAGCUUUGGCACAUUUGCGGCAGGAAAACUUUGGUCUUGCGCUGCAAGAUGGAGUGUCUGCGGUUAAGACGGAUCCCAGCUACUUGAAAGGCUAUUACCGACGAGCGGCGGCCCAUAUGUCCUUGGGCAAAUUCAAAUUGGCAUUAUCCGAUUUUGAAUAUGUGGCCAAGUGCAGGCCCAAUGAUAAAGAUGCCAAGUUGAAGUUUACCGAAUGCAAUAAGAUAGUUAAAAUGCGCGCCUUUGAGCGCGCUAUUGCAGUGGAUAAGCCCGAGAAGACGCUAUCGGAGAUGUAUAGAGAUAUGGAGAACAUCACCAUUGAGGAUGACUACAAGGGUCCUCAGCUGGAGGAUGGCAAGGUUACUUUACAGUUUAUGAAAGACCUUAUGGAGCACUAUAAGGCACAAAAGAGACUGCAUCGCAAAUUCGCCUAUAAGAUACUCUGCGACAUUGAUGUUUAUAUGCGUUCACAGCCAUCGCUGGUGGACAUUAAGGUGCCAGGUGAGGAGAAAUUUACCAUUUGUGGUGAUAUUCACGGCCAGUUCUACGAUUUGAUGAACAUCUUUGAGAUCAACGGACUGCCAUCGGAGAAAAAUCCGUAUCUAUUCAAUGGAGAUUUUGUCGAUAGAGGCUCAUUCUCCGUGGAAUGCAUAUUUACGCUUUUUGGCUUCAAGCUGCUGUAUCCCAAUCAUUUCUUCCUGUCACGCGGCAAUCACGAAAGUAUCAACAUGAAUCAAAUGUACGGUUUUACGGGCGAAGUUACGGCCAAGUACACCAGCGCAAUGGCCGAUAUAUUUACGCAAGUAUUCAAUUGGCUUCCACUGUGCCAUUGCAUCAACCAGAAGAUUCUUGUCAUGCACGGUGGUCUCUUUUCAUCAGACGAUGUUACAUUGGAUAACAUUCGUCGCAUCGAUCGCAAUUGCCAGCCACCAGAAGAGGGAUUGAUGUGUGAACUGUUAUGGUCCGAUCCGCAGCAAUGGAUGGGCCGUGGCCCAUCGAAGCGCGGGGUGGGAAUACAGUUUGGUCCCGAUGUCACUGAAACAUUCUGUAAACUUAACAAAUUGGAUUACAUCAUUCGCAGCCAUGAAGUAAAGGAUAUGGGCUAUGAAAUGGCCCACAAUGGCCAAUGUAUAACAGUCUUCUCGGCGCCGAACUAUUGUGAUACUAUGGGCAACAUGGGCGCAUUUAUAACAAUUACUGGUAACAAUUUAACACCAAAUAUCAGAUCUUUUGAGGCUGUGCCACAUCCUGAUGUGAAGCCUAUGGCAUAUGCCAAUAGUCUGAUGAACUGGCUGGCGUAGUCAUAGCAACGUAGCAACUAUGCAUAACAAUAGCUAAGCACACUAUAAAUUCCUAAAGAAAAAACAAAAACAAAAAGAACAACUAAAAAUCCCUUCCUGCCCAUGCUUGAGAACCCACAAUCGCAAAACACAACAACAAGAAAACUGGAAAACCACGAAUUCUAAAAUGCUCAAAGGACCUUUUAGCCAACAGCUUGCUUAUUAUUCGACUGUUUACAAGGUGGAGUUCGAGUAAAUAACACUGUUGUGUUUUAAGUUGGACUGAUGGCAACUGUGCAUAGCAAUCACUUUACAACAAA